AUGACAAGCCCGUUUGAUGUUCUGACAGAAGAUCAGGGUAGCAAACAGUCUGACAUUCAGAGUGGCCAAUUACAGAACUCGGAUUUAGGGCCUUUCGUACAGGAUGUUGCUCCUGGAUCCGGUGUCAUCGCUGUAGAGCAUCAACAUCAACAUACAACGGACAGACAGGAGGUCAUUAACGGACUACCAGGGACUCAUGGUAAUGAAAUAGAUAACGGAACAGGAUUCUUGCCGAAAAAUGAUGGAGAUGAAAUUGCGUUUAAACAGGAAAACGACAUUGACAGAAUAGACAGCGCUGUGAGAGAAAGUGGACGCUCGAUAUCACAGUCGAUCGAGCAAGAACACAACAGCCAGACAGAAAGCGAACUGAUAUUAACAGCGACCAAACAAGAACAUUUCCAACCAGCUAAUGCUGUAUCUAAGACAAACAUCAAGCAAGAACCAACUGCAGAACCAGCUGUGAAACCAGAAGUGGUACCAGUUGUAGAGCCAGUAACAGAGACAGUAAAGACAGUUAGCGAACAAAAAGCUUUCAACUUCGUUGCAGAGUCUGCUCUAAAGAUGAAUAUUAAAUCAGAUUCUGAGCCAGUUUUCGAGCCCGUUGCAGAACCCGCUUCAAGAUCCUCAUCUACGGCAUCAACACCUCCCAAGACUAGGAAAAAGCCCAAGCCAAAGGUACCAAAACGACUAAAACAGCCAGAAGAGCUUUUGGACAUGACUCAGUAUACUCCUGGGGCAUACAAAACAUGGAUCAACCAGGAACUCCGUCAGGAUGUUGCUAUGUUACAUCAUGUAUUCCAGGAAUCGAGACGAUUAAUAGUGGUAACCGGAGCAGGCAUAUCGGUAGCAGCAGGAAUCCCCGAUUUUCGAUCACAGCAAGGCUUGUUUGUAUCACUCAAGCAAGAACUGAGUUUAAAAAGUAGCGGAAAAGCUAUGUUUGAUGCAUCUGUUUAUCAAGAUAGCACUUCAUUAGCCAAUUUCCAUACAACAGUUCGAGAUUUACACAAGCUAUGUACAUCUUGUGCCCCGACGCCAUUUCAUAAAUAUCUCGACGAUGUAGCUGGGCAGGGGCGAUUGGGUAGGUUAUACACGCAAAACAUCGACUGUUUAGACUCGUCAUUGAGUAAUCUCAGUUCACAAGUACCACUAAAAUAUCCGUGGCCUAAAACUAUUCAACUACAUGGGACUAUAGGAACCAUGGUAUGUGUUCGAUGUCACUGGCUAGGACCACUAGAUCCGGAAAUAUUCACUGAUAGCGGAGCUCCUGAUUGUCCAGAAUGUCUUGAACUGGACUCAGUUCGAGCUGUGGCUGGAAAAAGAUCUCAAGGUAUUGGCAAGCUGAGGCCCCGAAUCGUGCUAUACAACGAAGCCAACCCUGAUGCUGAAGCUAUCGGGUCUGUUACAGAAGAAGACCUAAGCUGUAAACCAGACGGGCUUGUGGUAGUAGGAACCUCGUUGAAGAUACCUGGAGUGAGGAGGAUUGUAAAAGAAAUGGCCCAAGCCGUUCACCAUGCCAAAGGAGCAGUAGUGUGGCUAAAUGUCGACGAGCAUCCACAACUUAACAAUCAGUUCGAAGGCUGUUUUGAUUUAUUUGUAAAAGGAGACUGUCAGCUGGUGCCACAAUUAAUACAGGACUACGAGCAAGAAAGGGUCGAACUGGAACUGGAAAAAGAGCGCGAGAAACAGCAACGCAAAGCUAAAAGCGAAGAGCGAGCCAUCCAACGCGAACUCAAAGCUCAACAAAAGCUCAAACAACAAUCAACCCUCAAUUUCCAGGCAGUCAAACGGCCCAACGACAACGACGCUGCCACCAACAAAAAGCAGAAAACCAUCUCCACCCUUCCCACAACGAACAUACCCUCGGGUCCGCUACCACCACCGACUUCUACAUCACCACCCCUGGCAUUCGCCAACGCCCCUACUACUAUUUAA